UUUCAAGCCACUGUAAAAGAGGGAGUCACAGGUGUAAUAGUAAACUUAACUGUCGGCGACCGAGAUGACCCAGCAACCGGAGCAUGGAGAGCUGUCUACACCAUAAUUAAUGGAAAUCCAGGGCAGAGUUUCGAAAUCCAUACCAAUCCCCAGACGAACGAGGGAAUGCUCUCUGUUGUCAAACCUUUAGACUACGAGAUUUCUGCAUUUCACACGUUGCUGAUCAAAGUAGAAAAUGAAGACCCGCUAAUUCCAGACGUAGCCUAUGGACCCAGUUCCACCGCAACGGUUCAGAUCACUGUUGAGGAUGUGAAUGAAGGCCCAGUUUUCCACCCAAACCCAAUGACAGUGACAAAACAAGAAAACAUCCCCAUUGGCAGCGUUGUGUUAACAGUAAAUGCCACUGAUCCUGACACUUUGCAACAUCAGACUAUCAGAUAUUCGGUUUACAAAGAUCCAGCAGGCUGGCUAGAAAUUAACCCUACCAAUGGUACCAUUGGCACCACUGCUAUCCUGGAUCGGGAAUCUCCUUACGUUCAGGACAACAAAUACACGGCUCUCUUUCUGGCGAUAGACAGUGGUAACCCUCCUGCUACAGGUACAGGAACUUUACACAUCACUUUGGAAGAUGUAAAUGACAACGUCCCAUCCCUUUAUCCAACACUUGCAAAAGUUUGUGACGAUGCAAAGGAUCUCAGGGUAGUGGUACUAGGAGCAUCAGACAAAGACUUACAUCCCAACACAGAUCCAUUCAAAUUUGAAUUGAGUAAGCAAUCCAGCCCAGAAAAAAUGUGGAGAAUCACCAAGCUUAACAAUACUCAUGCUGAGGUCAUCCUGCUUCAAAACCUGAAAAAGGCCAAUUACAACAUCCCAAUCUCAGUGACAGAUUCUGGAAAACCGCCUCUGACUAACAACACAGAACUGAAAUUACAAGUGUGUUCCUGCAAGAAAUCCAAAAUGGACUGCAGUGCAACUGAUGCUCUUCAUAUCAGCAUGGCCCUUAUCCUUCUUUCACUCUUCAGUUUAUUUUGUCUGUAAGAACUCCUGACAUUUGAAGCUGUCCUACUGAGUUGCCAUGGCAACAAGAAGAAAGAAAACGUCAGAGCUGAAGAUUGCAGUUUACAGUGACUGUUCUUCACUACUAGGCCUCAGUUGCUCCCGAUUCAGUUUAAUUUGCAACCUCACUUAAUCUGACCAACUAUACAUUGGUGUUUGGCAGCCUCCGCCCUAACUUCCAUUGGUUAAUGGAUUCCUCUUGCAAGAUGCAAGGCUUACGCGAAUUUUCUCUCUCUGAAUGUUAAAAGACCAUGACAUCUAAACUGGACCUUGGGGGAGCAGAAAA